CAUAAAAUGGUACGGGAAUUUGGGUGAAAAGUUGUGGUUCAUUUUUCCUUCUAAUAUUGCAAAUGUUGAACUAAAGUUGCAAUUUUGUGUUUUAGUUCAAACUGAUUGAGCAUUCCAUCUUCUCAUCCAUUUAUUUGCCGCCGGUUUUCCCAAACGGGUAUUAGACGUUAAUACCACAAUCCAUGGCGGCUGCUCCAGCAGGCGGCGUCCGCCUCCUCCACCCUCGCCCAUGGCUUCGGAACCUAGGACGAAGAGCACGCCCGCUCUCGAUACUCGCGGCCUCUUCACCAAUCCAACACUCGGAAGAACUCACAACUACAGCUGCAUCGCCUAAACCUCCAAACAAAGAUAAGAACUCGCCGUCGUAUUACCCCAAGCGAGGCCAGACUCUGGAGCUUGUGUGUGAGAGUUUAGCUUUUAAAGGCAAGGGCCUGUGUAAGGUUGCCGACACCGGCUUCGUUGUCAUGUGCGACCGCGCAUUGCCUGGAGAAAAGUUCAUCGGACGCGUAACUCGGAAGAAGGAUAAUUACGCAGAGGUGAAAAAAUUGAAGACAAUAACUCCUCACUGGGAUAAUGUGGAAGCACCAUGUGAAUUUGCAUCACAUUGUGGAGGUUGUAAAACACAAAACCUGUUGUAUGAAGCUCAGGUUAGGGCGAAGGAGGAACAGGUGCGCGAGUUGAUUGUUCAUGUUGGCAAGUUUUCAGAUAAAAACUCUGAAUAUGAUGGCAUCAUGAAGCCUAUUGUUCCUUGUGAUAUCCAGUUCCAUUAUCGGAAUAAGAUGGAGUUCUCCUUUGGCACCAAAAAGUGGGUACCUGCAGAACUCUUAGGACAGGAAUGUGAUGAAACCAAUGAAUAUGCUUUGGGAUUGCAUGCUCCUGGCUUUUAUGACAAGGUUCUCAAUAUUAACAGGUGCUUGUUACAGAGUGAUCCAGCAAACAAGGUCCUUGCAGCUAUUCAAGACUCCUGGAGACACUCAGAAUUCAGUCUUUCUCCAUACGAUGUGCACUCCCAUCGUGGAUUUCUGAAGCAUUUGAUGCUCAGAACUGGCAGGAAUAUUGAAACUGGCCAACCUGAGCUUAUGGUUAAUUUUGUUACUUCUUCAUACCAACCAGAACUGCUGAAACCCCUUGUAGAGAAAAUUGCAGCUUUUCCUGAUGUGGUAAGUGUCAUGAACAAUGUAAAUACUUCCGUGGGCAACACGUCUGUUGGGGAAGAGGAGUACACACUAUUUGGUAAAUCAACAAUUAUGGAGAGCCUUAGAGGAUUAAAGUUUCAAAUUUCAGCGAACUCUUUCUUCCAGACAAAUACACACCAGGCUGAGAUUCUGUAUAAACUAAUAGAGGACUGCGCUUGUCUAAAAGGAGAUGGGUCAGAAAUAGUUCUAGAUCUCUUUUGUGGGACAGGAACCAUUGGUCUGACACUAGCCAAAAGGGUGAGGCAUGUGUACGGUUUUGAGAUAGUUGAUCAAGCCAUAUCAGAUGCAUGUCGUAACGCGAAUCUUAAUGGCAUAAGUAAUGCCACAUUUGUCCAAGGGGAUCUUAACAAGAUUGGGGAGAAUUUUGGAGAAUAUUUUCCGAAGCCUGAUCUUGUCAUCACAGAUCCUAACCGUCCUGGCAUGCACAUAAAAUUGAUCAAGUUUUUGCUGAAAUUAAAGGCUGCACGCAUUAUCUAUGUCUCAUGCAAUCCUGCUACAUGUGCUCGCGACCUUGAUUACCUCUGUCAUGGUCUGCCUGAGCAGAAUAUGAAAGGAUGUUAUAAACUGAAAAGCGUUCAACCAGUGGACAUGUUUCCACACACUCCUCACAUCGAAUGUGUUUGCCUGUUGGAGCUGUGCUGACUUCACCAACAAUAGAUUUUUACCCUUUUCUCUGUCAACUCAAUAGAACAGCUCUUUGGAGGUGUCUGACCUGCUCAUGCAUUACAAAUAUGGUGGCUGCCGAAAAGGUUCUUGAUAUUCAGAAUUGAUGAGAGGAUGACAACACAUGCAAUUUCUCAAGAGGCUUGUAAAGAUUGUUGACAGCAUAGUAGCUGAUAAAAUAGAAGGGCAUCAUAAUCAUGCAAAAAUUAGAAAUAUAAUAUUAUCUUCUUGUAACCUUAGUUUCCCACUUAAAAGAUUGAUUCUUUGGUCA